AUGGCAGAGAGAAAUGGGACCGGGGUGACCGGUUUCCUCCUGACGGGACUGUUGGACCGGCCGGAGGUGCUAUUCGCGGCUUUCCACGCCGUGUACUCGGCCACACUCCUGGCCAACGGUGCCCUCCUCCUCACCCUCUGCGCCGACCGCCAUCUCCACAUGCCCAUAUACUUCUUCCUCGCCAACCUGUCGUUGCUGGACGUCUCCCGCCCCAUGGCUGCGCUCUAUUUCCUGGUGUCCCCGGCGGGGAUGGACGUCUUGCUCUUGGCGGUCACGGCCUCUGAGCGGUUUGGCCGGCCCACUUUCCUGCAUGCGUUCUUCACCUUCACGCUGACCUUUUCCCGCUCCAACCUGGUGGACCAGUACUACUGCGACAUCCCUCCGGUGACGGGCCUGUCCCGCUCUGGCGAGCCGCUCGCCGAGGAGAAGUGCCGGGCCUGGUCCACCUGCACGUCCCGCCUGCUGGUCGUCGGCCUAUUCUACGGCCCCGUCAUCUUCACCUACGUCCGUCAAUCUUCCGGUCACUCUCCCGGAAGCGACGGGCUCGUGGGCAUGCUUUAUGGCGUCCUCAACCCCCUCCUCGACGGCCUGAGGAUCUAG